CUGCGGUUCAGGUUAAAAUGGUGUCCGCUCCAAAACUUAAUCAAGCAUGUUAAAAUUUCGUUCAAAAUAAGCUGAAAAUUGCUUAUUGCAAAAUCAUAAAAUAACUAAUAGACUUUGACCUAGAGUAUAUUGAUACCUGCAAAUUCAGUUAACUUAUUUGUAUGGUUAUUUGGGGAAAACACAGUGGUGCAUGUGAAAUAACGCUAAAAUUCACGAUCAGCAUGCAGCGCAGCUGAACGUUAGCCUAUAAAGGGCAUGCAAUACCAAGUCGUCUAUACCGGUACCCUAUUCACGCUGAAUGAUACGCGCCGUGUAAGCUAAAACAAGAACUUCGGACACGGCUAUUUUGCCAUCCAAUAUUGCAGCAAAUUUCGUUCAUUAAUAUUUCGAUGCUGCAGCGUUGCCAGACUUUGCAGACUUUGAAUUCAUCACAUAAGGACUCCAUCCUCCAGAUCCAGGAGCUGUUUAGUCUCCCAACAUGGUAGAUUCGAAUCUCAUAGUAGGCGUGGACGUGGGAGGAACCUACACAGACGCCGUGUGCCUUUGCGAGGGCCGUGUUAUGGGCGUGGUGAAGGAACCAACCACCCAAGAUGUGACUGGGGGAGUCAAACACUCCAUACAGAGCCUUUUCAGAGUACUCCAGGAACAAGGUAGUCCAACAAACUUCCGCCAGGUGAACAUUGGGACCACUCACUUUGUGAACGCAGUAUUGCAACGGCGUCACCUGACUCGUGUUGCCAUUUUAAGACUGUGUGGGACAGCCUCACAUGCUCUUGAACCAUGUGUUGAAUUCCCAGAUGACCUCAAGCAGGCAGUGUAUGAUUCUCAUUACUUCUUGAAUGGUGGCUUUAACUAUGAUGGCCAGACCAUUACUAGUCUUGACUUGGACGAGGUACUGUCAUGCUUGAAUGAACUAAGAGAAAGAGGUAUCACCAACAUCGUAGUAAGCUGUGUCUUUGCUCCUGUCAAUAGCGACCAAGAACUCCAGGUUAGGGCUUUUAUAAGAGAACAUUACAAAGAGGCAAGCGUGACUCUCUCUCAUGAGAUAGGACAAAUGGGAUUGCUUGAAAGGGAGAACGCCACCAUCUUGAAUGAGUCACUGAAGCCGCUGUGCAGGCAAACAGUCCGUGCAUUCAGUCAGGCUCUGCAGGAAUUGAACAUUCAAUGUCCGUUCUUCAUGACGCAAAAUGAUGGCACCAUCAUCAGUUCUGAAUUGGCACUUGAUCUACCAGUGCGUACAUUCUCAUCUGGUCCAACAAACAGUAUGAGAGGAGCAGCACAUUUGUCAGGAGUGAAAGACAAUGCCAUUGUCAUUGACAUUGGUGGAACCUCGACCGAUGUUGGCUACCUGAUGAAUGGUUUUCCAAGGGAGUCUUCGAGCAGGAGCCACAUUGCUGGGGUCUCAACAAACUUCAGGAUGCCCGAUGUGCAGAGCAUCGGACUCGGCGGUGGCUCACUGGUGCAAGGAGAUCAUUUGGAAAACAUUGCUGUUGGUCCAAGAAGUGUUGGUUAUCGUCUUCUUAGUGAGGGUCUUACUUUUGGUGGGAACACACUCACUGCCACAGAUAUCGCCGUAGCAGCUGGACUUGCUGAAGUAGGAGAUACUGCCAAGGUUGCUCACAUUCCCAAGAACACUGUAGACAGUGCUGUUGACAAAAUGCACAAAAUGGUCGAAGAGGUCAUUGAUCAAAUCAAGAUCAGCAGUGGUGAUGUACCAGUAAUUGUGGUUGGAGGAGGUAGUAUACUUAUUGAUGAGAAUCGUGGUCUUCAAGGAGCUUCUUGUCUCAUUAAACCACCCCAUUAUCAGUCUGCGAAUGCUGUUGGAGCAUCUCUAAGUCAAGUCAGUGGGACGGUAGACUACCUGGUAAACGUUGCAGAGGUCUCUCGUGAAGAUGCCAUCAGGACAGCAGAAGCAAGGGCAAGACAUGCUGCUGUGGCAAAUGGCGCUGACGAGACCACUUUAGAAAUCACAGAACGGCAGUCCGUAGGGCUAGCCUAUCUCCCAGGCCAUGUUAUAAGAAUUAAAGUCAAAGCUGUGGGAAGUUUAGCAAUUUCCAGUCUGGAGUCCAUCAACAGCUCGUACCAAACAGAGGAAGUGUCAAUCAAGGCAGAAGCACCUCCCUCAAAACAGUCAUGUGACAUAGGAAGUGACCAAUCAGAAAUGACAAGGCAAGAUGCAGAGCAGACAACUGUGAAAAGAAGCACUGAUGAAAUAGAAUAUCAACCCCACAUUGAUCCAUCGACGGGUGAAUGGAUCAUCAGUGAACGAGACAUUGAGUACAUCACUAUUGGAGCUGGGUUACUUGGAUCUGGGGGAGGUGGAAGCCCCUAUAUGGGCAAACUGAGGGCUCUUAAACAACUGAGGAGUGGCAAGAGAAUCAGGAUCAUUGCCCCGGAGAGAUUAGGUACAACUCCAGCUCUGCAAGGAAAGGUUCCUUCUGUAGCUUUCAUGGGUGCUCCAGCUGUACUGAUCGAGAAGUUAGUCUCUGGCACAGAGAUACCUAGGGGUCUCACCUGCCUACAGGAUAUAUUGUCUGCAAACCCAGAUGAUGUCCACCAUCAAGCAGCACCUCUAGAAAAUGCUGAAAGCAGUUUAAACGAUGGGCUUGUCUUUGUGAAGGACUACACUCUGUGUUCUUCAAACUCUACAUCUGACAAGAUUUGUGCAAUAUUAGCUGCGGAGAUCGGUGGCUUGAACUCGAUUGAACCUCUCAUUACUGGUGCCGACCUAGAUGUGCCUAUCUUAGACUGUGAUGGCAUGGGGAGAGCUUUCCCAGAAUUGCAGAUGUUCCUUCCCACGAUUCACAAGAAGCCCUUGUAUCCUGCUGUCUUGGUUAGUGACGGUAGUCAGCAGUCAGUGAUAGCAGAGGCAGCAAACUCAGUUCAGGUUGAAAACUGCUUUCGUACCGUUGUCGGCACGCAAAUGGGAUGUUCUGGAGGGGUAGUCUUAGCACCACUGAGUGCGAAGGAUAUAUCAGCCACAACUAUACCAUAUUCUUACAGUCGUGCUUGGCAUCUUGGUCGUGUCGUGAUGACAUCCCAAAUCUCUAGUUCAGAUCCUAUCCAGGCCGUCGUGCAGGCGGGCAAUGGAGUGCUUCUUGUCUCUGGCAAGAUAACCAAUGUGAAUCGUGAGACAACAGGUGGAUUCGACAAAGGGGACGUACUCGUUGAAGGUUCUGGGGAAUACUCAGGAGUUUCCUUUCUCAUCUCUUUCCAAAAUGAAAAUCUGGUUGCCAAGGAACGGAAAACGGUUGAUAAUGUGCUCCAAGAGAAGAUUGUUGCCAUGACACCAGACAUCAUCGUCAUCACUGAUGCUGAUAAAGGUCAUCCAAUCACAACAGAGGCGGUACAGUAUGGUCUCCGUGUAGCCGUCAUCGCACUCCCCAGCCCCCCUGCUCUACGAUCACCAAAGGUCCUGGAUGUUGUCGGGCCCAGAGCAUUCAAUUACGAUGUUGAUUUUGUUCCCAUAGCCGAUUACAUGCCACCUACCCCUAUUCCUCCCAUACCAUAAAUUUCCAUUAAUAAAAAAAUCUAAAAUACUUCUUUUGAAUAACAUCAUGUAUCUUUCAAGUAGGAGAGCAAUAUACUAUACUAUUAGUGUAUAAUGAUUGUGAAUUGUACCUGAAAUAUCUUUUUAGUAAAGUUUUAUAUACCAAAAUAUACAUUUCAGAAUUGAUUGGUAUUAAGGAAUUUGACAAUUUUUUUUUUACAUCAUGAAAUGUUUUAUAUAAUAGACGGGUCAAUAUAUGGUUUGACCCGGAACAAAUUGCAACAAAUGAUUUUUCAACUGUAUUUUGUACUAUUUGACCUCAGGAAUAACAUACUAAAAAUCUACCAAAAUCCGCAUCCGGGAAAGUGGUUAUUUUCAAGAUGGUGUGCAAGAUGGCCGCCAUUUUUGGACGCCCGCCAUUUACUAAAAAUGGACAUAACUCACUCAUUAUCCACCCUAGAAUCCUAUUUUGGUUCAAAUUCCAUGGUCCAAUGGGUAAAAGAAUUUAUUUAUACAAAUUAGAGUGAAUAUUAGCACUCCAGGGUACCAGGAAAAUCCAAGAUGGCGCCCAAAAUGGCUGCCGUAAUCUAAAAAAUCCACAAGUGGCUUUAAUUUGGUUUCCGUUCGAUUGUUUUAAUGAUGAAGUAGUACGUCGGGACAAGUUACAAGGACAGUCAGUAGUCCGGUAUGUUAAAAAAAUCCAAGAUGGCUUCCAAAAAUGGAGUAAAAAAUGCGGUUGCUACUUAAAAAAACAACAUAGUUUGUUCAAUAUCCGGGGAUAUGAUUUUUUUGUGCCUAUACCAUGGUUAAAUUGGUCAAAUAAUAAAUUGGGAUAAGUUACAAGGACGAUUGGUGGUCAAGUAUGUCCAAAAGUCCACGGUGGCUUAAAAAUAGUAUCAAUUAGCCGCGAUGGUAUUUAAAAAUGGACAUAGUUCACAGUUUUAUUCGUCAAGGGCAUAUGAUUUUGUUGCCUAUAUCAUGGUUUCAAAAUAGUAGACUU